AUGGUUGUUGGCUUGUAUGCAGUGAAGAAAGGGUUUGACUACUACGUUAGGAAGUCUGGUACUGAUAUUUGGUACGUCACAUGUAAGGAUACAGAUUGUGGGUGGAGAUUAAGAGCGAAGAAGAACGUACUUUCUAACAUGUUUGAGGUGAGUCAAUUUCAUAAUGUACAUACAUGUUCCCUUGAUCUUCGAGGAAAAGAUAAUCGUCAAGCAUCACCUUUGAUAGUUGCCCAUCUAAUUAAGGAUAAGUUCGCAAUGGACGGCUCGGAUCAUUUGGCCUCUGAUAUAAGAAAAAGUAUGCACAAGGAUUACAGGAUCCAAAUGAGUUAUGAAAAGGCAUGGAGGUGCAGAGAGAAAGCACUACACCUAACUCGAGGUACACCUGAAGAUUCGUACUCGAAAUUACCUUUUUACUUCCACAUGCUACAGUUGAGAAAUCCAGGUACCAUCACGGAUUUUGUGGUAGAAGAUGGUCGCUUCAAGUAUUGUUUCUUCUCUCUGGGUCCUUGUAUUCGGGGGUUUAGGUUUUGUCGACCUGGUGUAUGCAUUGAUGGGUCUUUCUUGAAGACUAGGUAUGGUGGGCAAAUGUUGUGUGCAGUGGCACUGGAUGCAGGGAGCCAUAUCUUUCCGAUAGCUUUUGUUAUAGUUCACAGUGAAAACCACAAUUCCUGGACCUAUUUCAUGAGAAAAUUGAAAGAAACGAUUGGUGAUGUUGAGAACUUAGCCUUUGUUUCAGAUAGGCAUCAAAGCAUUGUUCGUGCUUUGGAGAUUGUGUUCCCUGGUGCACACCACGGUGCAUGCUACCACCACAUUAUUAUGAACGUCAACCACAAGUUUAAGACUGACGCAUUCACGAAUCACAUUUACACGUGUGCCUACACGUAUUUAAAAUCAGAGUUUCAUAGAGAACUUAAGAACAUUCGGACAAUGAAUGUUGCGGUUGCACAAUAUCUUGAGAAAAUUGGAUUUGAAAAAUGGGUUUGGUCAUACUUUCUAGGGGUACGUUAUAAUGUAAUGACAAGCAACUGGGCUGAGAGCUUCAACAACACAACUAAGGAUGCAAGAGGCUUCCCGAUAACUGCUACUGUAGCAUUACUGAGGUCAAAAGUUCACCCUGGAGGAACAAUUCAGACCGGUGGCGUAGUGGACUUGCAGGAACAGACUUGCACUUGCGGCUUUUUCCAGUGCAUGAAGUUUCCUUGUCCUCAUGCAUGUGUUGCAUCUUAG